GAGUGAGAGGACUUCAAAGAGGAAGAAAAUUUAAUUUUGGAAUUACCUGGGGGGACACAGCAGAUCAACCGCAUCAGUUAGUUCAACGAGAGGCUUGUAGCGUCUCAGGAGGGGAUUUUUAACUUUUUGGUACCAUCCAGCUUGGAGAUUAAUCUAAAAACAUUUGCAGACUUCUUCUUACUGGAAGCACCAUGCCUCGUUUACCGCUUCUAAUUGUAUUCCUGUGUUGUCUUCCCCUGGCAGCCUGUUUGCACUGUUACGUCUGUCUGUUCCCCGCCAUCUCCCCUCUGGACUGCCUCAGGUUUCCCCAGGAGUGUCCGGCCGGUCAGCGCUGCCUGUCAAGCACUGCAACAGGAAGACGGGGUGCUCUACAAGUGACAAUGUACGAGAAGAGCUGUGCCGUUUCCGCCCAGUGUGGGUUGAGUGGGCAGAAAUACGCCUCGGGCCUCUUCUUCAACUACACCAACAUCUGCUGUGAUACUGACCUGUGUAACGGGGCUGUGUCGGUUGCUGCCCUCAGCUGGGGAGGAGCAGCUCUCUGCCUGCUGCCUGGACUGGCUCUGCUGCUGGCCUGAGGCUGUGGCCACGCUCAGCCACAGACCGAGAGGAUGUGAGAGACCUUGGGAGAGAUUAUCUGGAAAAGAUGUAUAAAAAUGUACACUCACAGGCACAUGGGCAUGCACUUGUGCGCCAGUAAGGUUUGAAAACUCCUGUUUUUAAAAAUAAUUAACAGUGAACAUGUCUUAAAGGCCACCAAGCAAAUAACAGUAAGUAAAUAAGUAAUUUUUGAGAAGCCUUUUCUACAACUCAGUAUUUUCUUGCCAUGCAGGUGUAAAACAUAAGAUUUUCAAACAUGCUUAGGUCCAAAUAAUUGAUUUUUAUGUUGUUUAAAACACUGAUUCCCAACCCUUUUGGCUUGUGGAAACAAAAAAAUAAAGCAACAUCUAACCCUCAUGAAAAGAGGUGAGAGCAGUUCAACUGAAGAGGGAUUUUUCUUCUCAGAUCAUUUCACUUUCUGUUUAACAGAAAUGGGGUUUUGUUUUGUACUCUUCUUCUAAUUAUCCGGUGACUCUUAAUAUUUCUGAAUCCAAGGGUGGGAACCAUUGAUAAGAAGUGGGGGAAAAAUAGAUGAUGAUGAUGAAAAUGGCAGCCACAAAAUUUACUAACAAACAAAAACAAAAACUGCAGACAAAAAAAAAAAAAAGUGAAGGAACAAAACAUAUUGCCUAUGUCCUUAUAUCAGUGUACCAUUAAUGAUAAUACCAUAGUGAUGCUAAAAACUUUAACACUCUACUUUGAAGAGAUGCCUCCUCAGUAUAAUGCAUUUCAUUUGGGCUCUGUUUUAUGUGUAUUAGCAUGUAUUAUUUUUUAAACCACUGUUCUUGACAACAUGUUUAUGGAUGUUGCUGUGUGAGAUUCUAAUGUUCUGCUUGUAUUACUAGAAAUUUUAUUGUUUGCACCUUUUCUUACACUUAUUUCUUGACCAUGUCAAUGCUGUUACCCUCGAUGAAGUUUAAAGAAUUAAAAAAAAAAAAAACA